UUGUUACAUAGUUUCAGUUGUUAAUAUUUAGUGACUAAAGAUAACCACGUGUACUGUGUACCUAAAAUAAAAUAAGCUGCCCCCUCCACCGAUCACCGAUAUCUACGAUGUUGUAUUCGCCUUAAACCGAUAGGACAUGAACGCAUCGUGAAGGUCAACGAAUGUGCCCAGCGAUUAGCUAACUGCAGCUUGUCCAAAGCCGUAGGUGCAUGAUGGCGUCAUUUGGAUGGAAGAGGAAAGCUGGUGAGAAGGUGUGCAAGUCAGUAGUGGAGCAGUUCGAGGCAGAGGCAGAGAAAGCUGCGGAUGAUGGACCGAGGCAGGACGAUGGGGUGGACUGGCUUCACGCCAUCAAACGACGGCGGGAGAUCCUGCUGGAGGACUGUGCUGCAAAGAGCAGGAGAUUGAAGGAGGAGGGUGCUCUGUUGGCUGAGCGUGGCAGGCACUGGGAGGCCAUUAAGAAGUGGGACGAGGCCAUUCAGUUGACUCCAGAGGACCCACUACUUUAUGAAAUGAAGUCCCAGGUACUGACCAUCCUGCAUGAAGUCUUUCCAGCUGUGAAGGCUGCAGAGAUGGCAGUGAAGUUCCGACCACUGUGGUGGGAGGGCUGGCAGACUCUGGGUCGGGCGCAGCUCAACUUGGGAGAGGUGGACCUGGCUGUGAGGUCAUUCCAGAUUGCCAUCCACCUCUGCCCGUCGGAGCGCACCCUGUGGCAGGAAGACCUGACCUGGGCAAGGACGUUACAGAAGCAGCAAAUAGCAACCAAGGAGAAGAUUCGGCAAGAGGAGGAGACCAAAAAACAGAUCCUUAAUGCCCCUGAGCUCAAUCAGGACUAUGAUUUUGAGUCUGACGAAGUGCUAGCUGCUUGUGUGGCUGUCGCCGAGCGACAGACACGGUAUGAGGAGCUCAAGAGGACCGCUGUAAUCAUCGAUGCUGAGGGGAAUAUAAAAAAUGUGCUUACAGAGGAGGCGGGAUCAGCGGAUUCAGCCACACCAUCAAAGGAAGAGUUUGUCAAAGCAAGAGGACUUUGAACUAGAAUAUAAAUGACUGUCCAGCUUCCAAAUUUUUUUUAAAACAGGAUGGAUGGUUUUAUUUAUAAGCCUUUAAAGCUGUGGCAAAAACAUCCCUAUUAUAACAGGCAAUGAUGAAAACUAAUUCUAGUGAAGGUUUAUAUGUAAAACUCAAAAGACAGCUGAGUUUUGUUCAUGUACUCCUUUUAAUGUCAAUAGUAGAAAAUGUGCAUGUUAGGUUUAUGCACCCAUUUUGAUACUUUAAGCUGGAUGUGGUUUCAGACAGCCAUGAAAAGGGUCAGAUUUCAUUUGGUGAAAGUUCAUCCAUCAAUCAGCAAGAGUCUACUAACAUUUAGCAAGGAUUCACUGCCAUAUUUAUAAAUCUAUAAACUUCAGCAGCUUCUGGUUCUGUAUCAGAAUAAUGUAGACACUUAACUCAAAAGUGUGUCCUUGAAACACCAUUUUGAGAGACUUUAAUUUCCCUGAUUUACAUGAAAAUUUAAACUGGUCUUUAAACAGUGGCUUGUUAAAAUCAGCAGCCUUUUUAUGUGUGGUUGUAAAGUGUAGCUUAAUUGACUAAAAUAAUGCAGAAAAGAUUCUUAAGACUUGUGGUUACCUCUGUUAAUGCAUAUCGUUUGUGGUGACUCUUGAGGUGUAUGAUUGCUUGUGAAAUCGGAUGUUGCUGAAAACAAGAUUGAAGCGCAACAUAUUGUCAGUGACUAAAUAAACAAUCAAAAUUUGUGGUAGUUUCUUCCCUGCAGUUUUCUUUAGUUGGAAACUAUUUUAGAGGAGCUGUUUUGUACUGACUUCUGCAGACAUGUAAUAUGUGUGUGAUAAAUAUAUGUGACUAAAUGUGCCUGUAUUGAAAAUAAAGGUCAAAGAAAAUGUUUGUGAA